CUUUACCUUUACCUUGAAUACACAAGCUGUUGCAAGAACUAUAGUAAACAUGUCUUCCGAAACAAAGGAACGAUCAUUGAGAUAUGCGCAUUAUUCUACCCCUGACCCUGACUUCGACAAGUACAAGGAUAUGCCCAGUCCUUUUGCCGAGAUGAAGACGCUAUCAGCCGUUGAUAUGCGUGCAAUCAUGGCCCAGGUUCCAGUGAUGUUCCCGUAUGACGAGGCUAUCACUGAAAGCGUCGAGAUUAGCCAUCGAACCAUGACGGCUCGAGAUGGUGCUGAGCUGGAACUUAGGAUCUACAAGAAUAGGGAUGUCGGCCAGAAAUCAACAUUGUUCUUUGUGGCGCAUGGUGGAGGUUGGGUUCUUGGCGACCACCAGGCUGAAGAGCCCAUGAACCGUUUAGUUGCGAAGAAGACCAACUCGGUUGUAGUUAGUGUCAAUUACCGUCUGGCCCCCGAAUACCAAUUUCCCUACGCUGUCAAUGACUGCUUCGAUGCCAUGCAAUGGUGUAGGCAAAAUGCAGAUACCCUUGGGAUCAACCCAAUGAAAAUCAUUGUUGGUGGAAGCAGUUCCGGGGGGAACAUUGCUGCUGUCUUAGCCUUGAAGGACAGAGACGAAGGCAUCGGGGCUGUUAUUGGCCAGGUCCUGAAUAUACCUGACAUAUGCCACCCAGCGCACUUCCCCAAGGAUAAAUAUGAAUAUAACAGCCCCGAGCAAAACAGGAAUGCGCCGGUUAUGCCGACUCAUGCGGCUCAUUGGUUUUGGGAGCAAUACUGCCCCACAGCUGGUGCGAAUCCCUAUGCCAGUCCUCUGUUGUCGCAUUCUCUCGAAGGGCUGCCACCAGCAUUGAUUCAAGUAGCCGGACAGGAUCCUAUUCGUGAUGAGGGUCUCGCUUAUUGCGAAGCUCUAGAAGAGGCGGGUGUUCCUGUACAAAGGAAAAUCUAUGCCGGCUUGCCCCAUGCUUUCCACCUUUUCCCUGACCUGAAAGCCACAACAGAAUUCUAUGAUACUAUCAUAGAAUGGAUUAGGACCCUUCAAGAUGGAAAAUAGGAGAGUUUAGCAAAGGUAAAUGUACGGUUAGAGGGCCGAACCUUUUCAGGCACCUCUUCCUUCGUCACUAUGUCGUAACUAUUCCCAGAUAGAUAUUUAUCCGCUUGGUUUUCACUAUACAAUCCAAACAAUAUAAAACUUGGAAUCUCC